ACUUCUUAUCAAAAUCAAUUGGCUGCCAAAAAAUGUAUGUUAAGCAAGGGUUCGUUUCUCUCCAAAAACAAUCCGGCCAGUCCAUGUUACAGUACUUGCAAUCUGUCAAAAAGGCAGCAGAUAACAUGUAUGGUGUUGGUGAGUAUUUGACUGACAGAGACAUAGUAUUUCAGGCUCUUACAGGACUUGAUACUGAAUAUAGUGUUGCUAAGAGAACUAUUUCGCACAGAUCUCCUUUUCCUUCAUUUGUGGAUCUUCAAUCUUUACUGCUUAUUGAAGAAUCAACAUUGCAAAGAGAAAAAUCUAUCAGUGCUUUACCUUUUGUUAACUCCAGUGCACAACAGGUGUUGCAGACCUCGGUUCACUCAUCUUGUAUGGGCUCUUCAAUUCCUGAGGCAUAUUAUUCUGGUACUCAGUCCCGGCUUGAUUUCUUUGGCAUCAACCGAGGCCAUGGAAGCUUUUAUAGAGGAGGCCGUGGUAACAAGCAAGGCGGUCAAGGUGGUCAUGUUUUUCAUGGCUCAUUCUCCAAUUUUGAUCGUGGGUUCUAUUCUGGAGCACCCACUAAUCCAGGGCAUGGCUCCCCAUCUUUUCUCAAUACUGCUGGGAAUCCUUCCUCAUUACAGCACUCAUCUUAUGGCCAGCAUUCAUCUCAUUUCCGUGGUAGUAGUUUACCACCAUUAUUGCCGAAUCCGCCCAUGUCUGCUUGUCAACUUUGUGAUCAAUUGACUCAUAAGGCUCGUGACUGCCCUCUGUUAAUUGGCACAAAUAUUGCCUCAUUGUCCUCUGCUCCGGCAACGCUCACAGCCACAACAUUCCCUACCGUUCCGGACAGCAAAUGGUACAUUGACUCUGGUGCUAAUACCCAUGUCUCUAGUGCCCCUAGUAAUCUCUCCCACUCCUCUCCUUACUCCGAUUUAGAGUUUAUUCAGGAUAUCCACUUGAAGAAUGUCCUGCUUCAUUGCAAUAGUGCGGAGGGACUUUAUUCUGUGUCUAGCUCGUCUCAAAGUCAUCCUAUGGUCCUUACUACUGCAGUUGUGUCUCUUGGUGUUUGGCAUCUUCGUCUUGGUCACCCAAGUUCAGACUCUAUUACUCAAUUGUUUGGUGCUCGGAUUAAGGCUUUUCAAUGUGAUAAUGGCCGUGAAUAUGAUAAUGCAGAUUUUGCUACUCAUUUUCAAAACAAUGUUUGCGAUGCUGCAUCCCCUGCUUCCGCCCAAUCUGCAUCAGGGCCUGAUGCUUCUCUCUUCACUACUUCGAUUGGUGAUUGUCCUGUGACUGCCGAUGGCUCUGUUCCUACUCCUACUCCUGCUUUACUCUUGCCCCUGCAUUGUCUUCUUCAGUUCCUUCUUCUUCUUCGGCUGAUGCUCCUCGGCGCACUCACAGAACCCAAGACUUUUAAGCAAGCUUGUAAUCUUCCAGAGUGGCAACGGGUUAUGCAAGAGGAAUUUCUGGCUCUACAGCACAAUCAAACUUGGGUUUUGGUAUCUCCUCCAUCCGGUGCUAACAUUGUGGGAUCGAAAUGGGUUUAUCCUAUUAAACAGCAAAAUGAUGGUAGUAUUGAGCAUUAUAAGGCUCGACUUAUGGCGCAAGGGUAUACACAGCAGCCUGGGAUCGAUUAUGAUGAGACUUGUAGUCCGGUGGUCAAACCUGUUACCAUCCGAACAAUUAUUACACUUGCCCUUUCCAAGUCUUGGCCGAUUCAUCAACUUGAUGUGAAGAAUGCCUUUCUUAAUGAACAUUUAUAUGAGCCUAUUUAUAUGUAUCAACCACCUGGGUUUGUGGAUCCACAAUAUCCAGAUCGUGCUUGCCUUCUUCAACACGCUCUUACGGCCUAUUAUGAUUGUUCUAUGUGUCUAUAUCGCUCAAAUGCCUCUUUUAACCCUGAUGGUCUUUUUCUCUGUCAAACUAAGUAUAUAUUUGAUUUGUUGGCUCGCACUGGCAUGUCUGACUGUAAUGCUGCUGCUACUCCUAUGUCCCCUAGGCAAAAAUUGGCUGCUUCUGAUAGUCCUCCUUAUUUGGAUUCCACUCAAUAUCGUAGUAUAGUUGGUGCUUUACAAUACCUGACCUUUACUCGUCCUAAUAUUGCUUUUACGAUUCAUCAAGUUUGCCAGUAUAUGCAUGCUCCGACUCAAAAUCAUUUUCAGGCAAUGAAACGGAUACUUCGAUAUUUGAAGGGUACUGCUCAUUAUGGCCUCCAGCUAUUCAAGGAAUUUUCUCCUUCUUUGCAUAUUUAUAUUGAUAAUACUAUUGCUCGAUCUAGUGCUGAGGCUGAGUAUCGUGCUAUGGCUAAUGUCGUCGCUGAGGUUGUUUGGGUUCGGCAAUUAUUGGCUGAGUUACACGUCUUUCUCUCUUCUGCUCCCAUUGUGCUUUGUGAUAAUAUCAAUGCUCUCUAUUUGGCUCUCAAUCAUAUACAGCAUCAGCGAACAAAACACAUCGAGAUUGAUAUUCAUUUUGUUCGGGAACGGGUUGCUUCUCGUGCCAUCCUUUUGCAGCAUGUCCCUUCCUCUUUACAGCGUGCUGAUAUUCUUACUAAGGCUUUAUCAUCAACUGCUUUCUGUUCUCAACGGUCCAAUUUGUGCGUGCUUCAUCAGCCCGCCCCAAUUGCGGGGGAAUGACAGUAUAAUAUUAUAUUUGAGGGCAUUUAUGUAAUUUAUGCAGUGCUGUAUAUACAUAUAAAUAUGUAACGCUAAUUUUGUAUUUGAAUGAGAAGCAUUAUUCACGGUUUCAGGGAGGUUAAUGUCAAAGAAAAAAUAAAACAAACAAUAGAAAAUCUUUUCAUAA